GGGCGCUGCAACCAUGGAGGUGCGGGGUAGCGGCGGCGUUGACCAGAGCGGAGCCCCGGAGGGACCGUUGCGUUUUGAGUGCCCGGAGGAGUUCGCCGCCAGCCCGUUUGCCCCUGGGCCGCCCCUCAGCCCCGAGUCGCUCCGGAGCCCCUCGAAGCAGCUGGUGCUGAUCAGAGCCCCCGCUAACUUCAGCCCUGAGAGCCUCGAAGGCCACACCGUGCCCCUCGUGGGCUUCCAGAUUCUGAAGGCACCGCAGUCUGAUGGGACCCAGAAGGUCUACCAUGUCCAAGCGACUCCAGGGGAACGGGGCAGCAGUGCCCGGCUGCUCGUCCCAUCAGGCCACCUGGACCUCCUCACCUGCGCACCCCCUUUCAGCAGCUCCCUGACUUUUUGCGAGAGGUAUGGGGACCCCGGUGCCAACCAGGCCCUCUUCCCCGUCGCAGCCAGACCGGCCCCCCAGAUCCCCGAAGGACUCAAGCAGCGCUUCCUGCCUUUUGGGGGCUGUCCGAAGCGGCCCUCUCCCCUGCAGGAAGUUGCCGAGGAGCCCCCCCGGAAAAAGAGAAAAAAGAAACGGACCCUCGAGAGGGUGGGGGACCCCCAGGAGCACCCCCUGGUGAAGCAAGAGGAGUCCUGGGCGAGUGGAGAUGUGGAGGCAAUUUCCGAAGGGCUGGUGGCUCGAGUGGAGAUAGCCCCUGAGGAAGGGGCUGGGGAGGAGGGGCGCAGGAGCAAGAAGAGGAAGAAGGAGAAGAGGAAAGAGGAGGAGGGAGAGAUGAUGGUGGCACCCUCCGAGGCUGAGCCCAGGUCCCACAUAGGGGGUAACGGCAGCCCUGAGGUGGGGGGGAGGGCUCCACAUAAGCAUAAGAAGAAACGGAAACAUGAAGAGGAGGCAGCUGCAGUGCCGACUGCCUUGGUGGGCCCUGCCUGCCUCAAGACCGAGCCGGGGAGGGAGCCGAACAGCCUGGGGGCCAGCCCCCAGGCCUGCCUGGCACAAGUCAAAGAGGAGCCUGAGCUGGGCCUCCUCAAGAAGAAAAAGAAGAAGAGGGAGAAAGCCAAGGAGGAACGGGGGACGGAGUCGCUGGAGCCCAGCUCUGUGAAGCAGGAGCUGGGGGGUUGGGGUGAGUUGGAAGUCCCCUCUGGGACACCCGGAGAAGGAGGAGGGGAGCAGUGGCAGGGGGAAUCCUCUGAGCUCAGAGCGGAGGAGCUCAGCCAGAAGCAUCACAAGAAGAAGAAAAAGAAGCACAAGGGGGAGGAGGAAGCGUCAUAGAAGGACAAGCCGGUCAAGCACUAGCCAACGAGCGAGCAGGAAUGAAAAGCUGCUUCCCAGCUCAGGUCUGGGACACCUUGCAGAGGGAGGGGACAAAAACUCCUGCCUUGUCUUGAGCACAAUGCCCCCCCCCCACCUACGCGAACUCUUUACGCAGCUUGUCCGGUUGCUGCAGGAGAUGGAGAUGUGAAGGGAUCCCUGGUGCUCAGAACCUUAUUCAUUUUCUGCCUCUGGAUUAGAGAAGAACCUAGGAGUUGUGAAGCAGGAACCAAACUUUUUCAGCAAAGCUGUUCCCUCUGCCCAAGAAGAAUAAGGGAGAAUCAUGGGGUUGUUUUUUUUGCCACACAGUGUUGUUUUAUUGCAAAGUGGGUGGGGAAGAAGAGAAAUAUUGUUGGCUGGUAGAAAAAUAAAAGGUUUUGUCUCCUUC